AUGGCCGAAGCGAUCGAUCCCGAAGAUAAAGUGUUCACUGAGCCGGCCGAUGUCAGUGACGAAAAGGAAGUCGACCGUUUGAUUAAAUUGACAGUCAAAGAAUUCGGUCGCGUCGACUAUGGAGUCAACUUUGCUGGUGUCGGCGGCAAACAGGGCCCGAUCGAUGGUCUGACUCUUGAUGACUACCAAUUUAUCGAGCGCAUUAAUGCAAAGGCUGUUUGGCUCUGCGAACGUGCACAGGUUUCACAGAUGCUCACUCAAUCACCCCUUCCAUCACACGACGGACGUCCGGGAGCGAAAGGAUCCAUCAUCAACGCCUCGUCGCUCUGCGGCGUGGUCGGCUUUCCCGGCUCGACCAUCUACUGUAUGUCUAAACACGCGGUAAUGGGCCUCGUUAGAGCGGAUGCUGUGACCUGGGCCGCCCAGGGAAUACGCAUCAACGGCGUCUGUCCUGGGUACUUUCUUCUUCGCACUCUCCAGCCAGCCCACGCUGUGAAUGCCAUAGAUUCUUCACUAACCAAAGUCAUUGGGGUCAGUUUUAUCGACACCGCGUUACUCCCGAGCGAUGACCGACCUGGCCUGGUCCGAUUCGUCGAGUCAACGACACCGAUUGGGCGUUUCGGUAGCCCUGAGGAGGUGGCAGACGUGGUCGCUUUCUUAGGUUAG